GGCCUGCCGCUGGCUGCUGUCUGGUCAGGCUCAUCUUCUCUGGAGACUUGUCAGGGCCUGGGAGGAGCUGGGCCUGCCGGGCUCCCUACGCAGCACAGCUGUAAGGGCUCGCUGCUGCUGUCACGGUGCUUUGGGGCCACGGUGAUUUCCACACGGGUCAGAAAUGUUACGUGUGGCAGUGCUGGGCUGGGCGCCUGCCCUGAGUGGCUCUCUGCUUGUUCUGGCUUAGCCUACGUGUCAGGCACGCUGAGAAACUGAAGUAAGAGACGAGCUUGAGUCUUGACACUUCUGAUCCCCCGGGGUGACAAGGAGCAGAAGGUGACAAAAGUACUUGUGGGUGCGAGGGAAGUGUUUCUGUCAGCUGUAUUCAGGACAUGGAGGAGCCAAAAGUCCAUGGAAGGAUGAGCCUGGGAGAUAGCCAACCUUCACAGCCACCCUAGUGAAGGCCUUUGGGGGGUGGGGGGGGGGGGUAUGCUGCAGGCAAGAACCAGGGACCUCUUCCUGCCAAGUGCUAAAUGUGCCCCAAACACGGGUGGGGGUGCAAAUUGUGUCUUGUGCACCUUCUGCUGUCAUUCCCUAAGCAUUUACACUAGCCUAGUCUGGUGCUGCUGCGGGAAGGGGCAGCUCUUCUCCCUGGCCCUUUGCUCCUAUUCCUGAGUUCUCCCUUUCCUCUGGCCAGUGAAAGUGUUUGUGCAGACCAUGCAUGAACUGGGUUGGGGAACUGCUCUAGGGUAAGACAAACCUGGCAGAAAGCAGUUUUGCUCUGGCUGGCGUCUUGAUCCAGUACAUGCUGCAGCCAUGUGGGUCCUCGCACCGGCACAAUGGCUGGGAGAACAGAGGGGAAGGAUGCACCUCCUCUCUCAGCAGCAUGGCCAGGCUUUCCCAGCUUGGAGAAUGACUGAGUAAGGUUUUGUAUGAGCACCUAGACCAUCAGGUGCUUCUCGGAGGUACACCUGGCAUCUAUCCAGGGCAGCCUUUCACCAUCUCUCCCCUGCAGCUGCUCCUACAGUGCCGACAUUAGUGGUGCCAAAAACUCCAUGCCCCUGCACACCCAGGGGCUGAGCAUCCUGCCUGGCUGCACGUUUCCUGAUGGCAGAGAGGCAGAAAGUCUCAGGGGUUAGAAUAGGUGAAUGGGAAUAAUCUGUGCUUUGCCUGCACGCCUCCAGAAUCCUGCGGUGCCCACAGCGGCCUUGGGCUGCCAUCAGUCUGGCAGCUAGAAUCGGGCAGAGCUCCAGCCCUGCUUGGUUCCUGCCUGCCAUUAGGAAUAACUGUCGGCAAAGCACCCGAGGGAGCCGUGCCCUCAGUGAGGCGUGAGAGCAGCAGGCUUCUCCCGGAGGAGUGACAGCAGACACACGACCCCUUCUCGGGCAGAGGGUCAUCCUUUCUCAGCCCUCCAGGACCCUCCUUGGAGCUUGCUGUUGCCUUGCCCAGCAGUUACCCUAUGCCACCCCUUCAGCAAAAAAUGCUUUCCCGUGUUUGCCAAGCCCAGGUUAGCUUUCUCAGUGCUGGGAAGCAUUUGUAGCUGACCUGUUUUGGUGUCAGUGGGGGCUGGAGCUGAGCAACAGCAUGCUAUUGGCGUCAGAGGGCCAGCCUUGCGAAGCACAGCCACAUUCGCCGCUGCAAGGGCCCCUUCCCAUUCCCUCUGCAGCCAGAGGCACUUCUGCAUCCCAGGGAGACCCAGUGUGUAGCAGCUUGGGGCUGGCAUUGCUGUCCUCCCACACUUUCAAGCUCUCUGAGGCUGAUGCUGGGCCCUGCUCAGCAUCCCCAUCUCCAGGUUGUUUCGGGUCCCUCCACCGCAGGUGGCAGGAGCUGUCUGUGCCAGGCAGCGAGGCUGGACUUGGCACUUGAGCUUUUCUCUUGGCUUUGGUGGCUCUUGGUUACACGGCCAAGCUGGCCUGAAGAGAAACGGUUUGGGCGCAAUGCCUGUUGUGGGGCUGGCUUUGCCAAACCUAAGAGCAGGGCAGGACUGCUUUGCUCUCUGGGGUCCCUGCAGUUUGUGGCUACAUCUCCAAGUUUGUGGCUACUUGUUGCCCCGAGCAUUUCUAGAAUACAAACGCCUCAGUGAUGUGGGGUAGGUAACACAGAGGCACCAGUGUGCUCCCUCUGACUGAGCAUUUCCCUUGGAGGUGCUUCCUGUCCCUGGCCGUGCCCAAGCGGAGCUAUGGGGUCUGUGCUUGGUACGCAGGUGAGGGCAGGACAAGGUGUUCCCGAGGGCAUGGCUUGCCUCCUGCUGAGGGAGAGGCAGGCUCAGUUUAGCUGGGCUAGACCAGGGUGCUGUCAGGCUCAGCUCUGUGUCCUCACAUGGGAGCAGGGCCAUGGGAUGUGGUGUGAAUCAGUGCACCGGCAGCUGCUGCAGGCUGCUGGCAACUGGGGGUGGGCCGGAUCUGUGCGGCAGGGCCUGCUCCACCGCAGCAAACCCCUGCAGACUGGUGAGCGCUACCAGGGUCAGGGUGUGCAACCGGGGCAGUGAGGGAGGAAGCCUUCCAGCUCUCUGCUUUCACCACCUCCACAGAGGCACCUCAAGUGGGACUGUUUUCAGUGCGUUGUUCCAGCUCUCCUCUAUUGAAGCCAUGAACACCCGAGGGCGAAACCAGAGAGCAAAACCGAGACCAACCCUUGGGCCAGCAGCUCCCAAACCCAUAGGGGAGUUGGCUCUGCCUGGGAAGGCAUGUCUAAGGGGGCAGGGGCAAGCACCCUGCCUGCCCUGCCCUCUCCCUGGGGCAUGCGGAGCAGAGGUGUCCUGUUUCCAGGCCAGGCUCCGCUGACGCUGUCUGUAAACCGGCAGGGAGAUGAAUACGCAAGGUGCAGUCAUGCUGGUUAAGCUCCCAGCUGGUGGGCGGAGGGAGAGGAACUCUCCUUUUGCCAGGGAGUGCCACUCUCAUCUGUCACGGGAGACUAUCCCGGGCCUGUUCCCGCUUCUCCCCUUUCUUCCUUCUUAGGGCGUUACUCACUCCUGUUCCCACCCUCUUACAUGGGGCACUGUUUGACUGAAAUAGCUGCUGCCCCGAGCUGUGGGGUGGGCUGCCCCACUUGACCCUGGAGGCUCGAUGUUGCAGAUCAGGGCCUCCCCAUGUCCUCACCCUCAGCUCUGCCUCUGGGUGUUGUUAGCGCCGGCGGCUUCUCUGGGCCAGUAUUGCUGUAGUGGGAACCAUGAGCAUGACAAUUGCUUUCCAGGUUUGUAAUGUGUGCCACAUACGGAAGACCCCUGGUUGUAUCUUGGGAGCUCUGACAAGCCCAUGCUUUUGGCAGUAAGCGUUGUAACAGCUGUGAUGAGGCCACUAGUUCCUUGCCAGAGAGUUUGACCACAGAGAGUCGCCAAGAUAGCUGGGCCAGGAAGAAAACGUCGCACCCCUGACCCAGACUCCAUUACCGACCCCGGUGGGCCGUUUGUGUCCUCCAAACGGCUGAAAAUGUCCAGCAGCACCAAUGCCCCUGGUCAGAGGAGAGUGUCUCGGGGCUUGGAUGAUGCCACCAACAAGAAGAAGCAGAAGGAUCGAGCCAACCAGGAGAGCAAGGAAGAGCUGCUGCUGGACUGGAAGCAGAACGCUGACGAGAUCAUCGUCAAACUGAACUUGGGCAGUGGAGCUCUGAAGGUGGAGGAUGUAGAUGCUGCUUUCACCGACACGGACUGUGUGGUCAAACUACCAGACGGGCGCCAGUGGAGCUGUCAGUUCUAUGAGGAAAUUGAGAGCUCCUGCAGCAAGGUCCAGUGCAAGAAGGGCAACUUUCUACAGCUUGUGCUUCAGAAGAAGAUCCCACUCCAUACCUGGUCUUCGCUUCUGAAGAGAAGGAAAGACGGAUCCAAAGAGCUGGCCAAAGGGACCACAUGCUGGGAGAAUGGGAAGGAGAAGGCUGCUUCUGCAGAGCUGGCCCCUGAAGAGCCAAGGGCUGAAGGUGCAGAACCGCCAAGGUCCCGCCGGGAGCCCUCCAACCCCAAGCGCGCUCCAGGAAGAAGUGAGGCUCUGGGAGGGAAAAGCCCAGCCAGCCCAGGGACACAGAGCGGCCCCAGCGCCAAGCGGGCAGUAUACCUCAAAGUGGCUCCCACUGAAGAGGAGCCAAAUGCCAGAGUCACUGGGAGCGUGGAGCCCAGCAAAGGGCACAGCGGGAGGGCAGGCAGCCGCCGCAAUGGCAGAGCCAGCCAGGUUGAUGCGCCCACAGCCCUCGCAGACCUCGCACCGCCACUGGAGAAGGCUGUGGUUUUGGCCAAGGAAAGUGUUCCUGUGGAGAUGCCACCUCUCGCAGCUACCACAGAGGUGUUCCCCCACCGUGUUGCCACCUGUGUGGAGAAGAGGGUCCUGCAGCCAGGCAGCCCUGCUGAGGCCUUGCGGGGCCGGGACUGCACACCUGUCCUGGGAGAGAGCUCUAAGACUGUCCCAGCAGCCACCCCUCCCCCAAGCAGAGACGGUGAGAAGAGGGACUGGUCCAAGGAUGAUGUGGCUCUGGAAGCAGCGGCUGAUGAGCCAGAGCCUUUUGUGAGCCUGACCUUUGUCAAGAAUGACUCAUACGAGAAGGGCAAUGACCUGGUGGUAGUGCACGUCUACGUGAAGGAGAUCCACAAGGAGACGUCCAAGGUGUUAUUCCGGGAGCAAGACUUCACCCUGGUGUUCCAGACAAGUGACACAAACUUCCUUCGCCUCCAUCCUGGCUGUGGGCCCCACACAGUGUUCCGGUGGCAGGUGAAGCUCAGGAACCUUAUUGAGCCAGACCAGUGCACGUACAACUUCACGAUGUCUCGCAUUGACGUCUGCCUGAAGAAACGCCAGAGCCAGCGCUGGGGGGGGCUGGAAGCUCCAGCCACACGAGGUGCAGUGGGUGGUGCAAAGGUUGCCAUGCCUACAGGCCCUACCCCUCUGGACAAGAACCCCCCGGGCAGUAACCAGCACCCCCUGUCCAGCAAGGAGGAGGCCCGAGCCAGUGACAAAGAGAAGCCGCGUGUGGAAGAUGGCGGACUGGAUGGCGUGGCAGCCCGUACAGCCCCAGAGCAUGUGGCAGUGAAGCAAGAGCCGCACAUCCCCUCGCCCAAACCAACGUGCAUGGUGCCACCAAUGACACACAGCCCUGUGAGCACCGAGAGCGUGGAGGAUGAUGAGGAUGAGGACGAGAAGAAGAAGGUCUGCCUGCCUGGCUUCACGGGGCUGGUGAACCUGGGCAACACCUGCUUCAUGAACAGCGUCAUCCAGUCCCUGUCUAACACCCGGGAACUGCGCGACUACUUCCAUGAUCGGUCCUUUGAGUCUGAAAUCAACUACAACAACCCGCUGGGGACGGGGGGACGCCUGGCCAUUGGCUUUGCCAUGCUGCUGCGAGCGCUGUGGAAGGGCACGCACCAUGCCUUCCAGCCCUCUAAACUGAAGGCAGUCGUGGCCAGCAAGGCCAGCCAGUUCACUGGCUAUGCCCAGCACGAUGCUCAGGAGUUCAUGGCCUUCCUGCUCGAUGGCCUGCACGAAGACCUCAACCGCAUCCAGAACAAGCCCUACACAGAGACUGUUGACUCGGAUGGGAGGCCUGACGAGGUGGUAGCUGAGGAGGCCUGGCAGCGACACAAGAUGAGGAAUGACUCUUUCAUUGUGGACCUCUUCCAGGGCCAGUACAAAUCCAAGCUGGUGUGCCCAGUGUGUUCCAAGGUGUCCAUCACCUUUGACCCCUUCCUGUACCUCCCCGUGCCCCUCCCGCAGAAGCAGAAGGUGCUGACCGUCUACUACUUUGCAAAGGAACCGCACAAGAAACCCAUCAAGUUCCUUGUGAGUAUCAGCAAGGAGAACUCCAGUGCCAUGGAGGUACUUGACUCAGUGGCCCACAGCGUGCGCGUGAAACCAGAGAACCUGCGCCUGGCAGAGGUGAUCAAGAAUCGCUUCCACCGCAUGUUCCUGCCAUCCAACUCGCUGGACACAGUCUCCCCCACAGACCUGCUGCUCUGCUUCGAGGUGCUGUCCCCAGAGCUGGCCAAGGAGCGGGUGGUCGAGCUGCAGGUCCAGCAGCGUCCACAGGUGCCCAGUGGCCCCGUCGCCAAGUGUGCGGCCUGCCAGAAGAAGCAGCUGCCAGAGGAUGAGAAGCUCAGGCGCUGCACGAGGUGCUAUCGAGUCGGUUACUGCAACGUGGCAUGUCAGAAAACACACUGGCCAGACCACAAGGCUUUGUGCCGCCCCGAGAACAUCGGUUUCCCCUUCCUCAUCAGUGUGCCAGAGUCCCGCCUCACCUAUGCCCGCCUGGCCCAACUGCUGGAGGGCUACGCAAGGUACUCAGUCAGCGUGUUCCAGCCUCCAUUCCAGCUGGGCCGGAUGUCACCAGACCAGGGGCUGCAGCCUCUGCUCCCAGACAAGCUGGACCCCCUGGCCAAAAGCAGCUGUGCAGCAGCCACCUCUGCCCCUGAGCUGGGGGACGUGGAUAGGGCUACCAGCCUCCUGCAGGAGCCCCCGCUCUCGCCAGCUGUGCCUGAGCUGCACCUGGAGCUGGGGGACACUGGCACUGUCCGGAGCAAGGUCCUGGCAGCUAGGAGUUCCCUGUUGAGCUUGGAUUCGGGCUUCUCUGAGCACAUGGAGUCGCAGGGCGACAGCUGUUGUGAGAAGGAGCCAUCCUAUGAGAGAGCACUCAAGCCAGAAGCUGCCAUCCCUGGGUACCAGCACACUCCAGACUCACUGAGCGCCCGUGCCACGCAGUUUUACAUCAACAAGAUCGAUGCUGCCAACCGAGAGCACAAGCUGGAAGAUAAAGGUGACACCCCCCUGGAGCUGACAGAUGACUGCUCCCUUGCCCUGGUGUGGAAGAACAAUGAACGCCUCAAGGAAUUUGUGUUGGUGGAGUCCAAGGAGCUGGAGUGCGUGGAGGACCCAGGCUCGGCCAGUGAAGCAGCCCGGGCUGGCCACUUCACCCUGGAGCAGUGCCUCAAUCUCUUCACCAAGCCCGAAGUCCUGGCCCCGGAAGAAGCGUGGUACUGCCCCAAGUGCAAGCAGCACCGUGAGGCCUCCAAGCAGCUGAUGCUGUGGCGGCUACCCAACGUCCUCAUUAUCCAGCUCAAGCGCUUCUCCUUCCGCAGCUUUAUUUGGAGGGACAAGAUCAACGACAUGGUGGACUUCCCUGUCCGGAGCCUGGACCUGAGCAAGUUCUGCAUUGGCCGGAAGGGAGAGCAGCAGCUGCCCAUGUAUGACCUAUAUGCUGUGAUCAACCAUUACGGAGGCAUGAUUGGGGGACACUACACGGCGUAUGCCCGCCUGCCCAACGACAAGAACAGCCAGCGCAGUGACGUGGGCUGGCGGCUCUUUGACGACAGCACAGUCACCACCGUGGAUGAGAGCCAGGUGGUAACCAGAUACGCGUAUGUCCUCUUCUACCGCCGGCGGAACUCUCCUGUGGAGAGACCCCUGCCAGGGCACCCCCCAGACCACCGAACCGAGCGCACCCCCUCUGCGGAAGCUGCUGCCAGCCAGGCUUCUCUGAUCUGGCAGGAACUGGAGGCUGAAGAACAAGAGCUGCAGCUCGAGGCACCCCAAAGGCCUGCAAGAAACUCCUGGAGGCCUCGUGGCCAGAAGCAGAGUCCGGGCACUCCCCAGCACCCAGACGAAGGCUGCGUCAGAUACUUUGUCCUGGCCACCACGGCCGCAAUCGUGGCACUCUUCCUGAAUGUCUUCUACCCGCUCAUUUACCAGACCCGCUGGAGAUAGGCAUGGGCACGUGGCCAGCUGCGGGAGCAGGGCUGCUGGGCACGCACACACUGUCCUAGGAUGCGACGAAGACAUCGGGCGGCAGGACAGAAACCUCCGGGAAGGACUCGCCGAGGGAAGUGUGGGGCUGUCGGCUCCUGCCUGUCUGCUCUGGCAUCUCCCGUGCCAGCUGGCAGGGCUGCGUGGCCAGCCUGCUGCCUUGCCAAGGCGCAGUCCAGAACCAGGAGCCCCUCUGCCCGCCCUCCCUCCCUCUUGCUGUCUACUGGGAGUGGGGCAGACCUUGUGGCUACCUGCUGCUCAGGAAGGGACGUUGCCACUGCAGCGUGGCUGGGGCCUGGGACCCCCCCAGGAACAUUGACCACCUUUGCUUGGCUCCCAAGAAAGAAGCGGAGGCCUGGCAGGAGGCUGCAGCAAGGGCAGGAUGCCCUGACACGGGUCCUUGUCCAGGUGCCUCUCCCAGCUGUGCUGCUGCGGGAGCCUUGUGCUCCCCAGGGCUGGUGUGACCCGUGGCUCCUGGGCCAGCCCGGUCCCUCCUGCCACCCUCCCCCUGAGCCUCCUGGUGCCAGGUGCCCCUGCACUGGGAGUUGUGUGCACCAUGCCCCCAUGCUGGGGCUGAACAGGGUUGUCACCGGAGGCUCACCCCCGCCGCAGCUCCUCUCCCCCGGACAGCUGCUGGGGAGCCUGGCAAUCUGGGCUGGGGUGCCCGUGGUGAGCACCUGCCUCUGUGGGCUGCUGGUUCCCAGCAGCCCCCAGUGCUUUGGGGUAUGUGGGCUGUCCCUGCUUGGCCCCAGCAGGCUGUGUCCGGGGGGGCCGGGUUUCUGCCGGGGGAGUGCGGCGCAAUGCCUCGUUUGUGAGGAGACCGGCUGCCCAUGCUGCGGGAGAGGUGUGGGCUUGGGGAGUGCAGGUAGGACCUCGGUGUGUUAAUAAAGCCAGGUUUUCCAAAGAGAUGCAGCAUCCCUGUCCUGUGUGAUGGGACCCCUGCACAGGGGCAGGGACUCUGUGCUGGACCCAGUGACCUUUCUGUGCCUAAGUCGACUCUCUCUGGCCCAGCCGGCAUGGGGACUGUGCCCUGGACUCCAGCGGGUGCCUGGUCCACCAUGUGCAGCAGUGGCCUCAGGGGAGAGCUCUGCCUGCCAGUGCCUUGGGGCACAGGCUGGGGUCCCGCUCCCCAGCCGUGGGGCGGCAGCCCCAGCAGGGCGCAUGCAGGUUGUAGGGGCCCGUAGGGCCGGUAGCGUGUGGUCCUGUGAGGCUGGAGCACAGGCUGCAGCUCUAGCAGUGUCUGACAUUGAGACGUGUUGCCCUUGGCCGAGUGUGGCUCAGGCUGCUCUGGCGUAUUUGGGUGCGAGUGUUGACUUCAGAGCCCUGUGACUUCCUUUUCCGUCUCCGUCGCUGUCCCGCUAGCAGUGCCCUUGGCUGGCUCGGGAAGGAUGCUUGGCAGGGAGGGGGCUCGCCUGUGUUUCCGGCUGGGGCUUGAGCAGGACAGCGGGGAGCCCAGAGCUCCCCCCCAUUUCGGUUCCGCACCCCUCUUGCACGUGCGCUGUCGUGUUCUCCCUGCCAAGCGGGUCCCAGCCGGGGAGCCCGGCAGGGCCGUGCCGCGGUCAUGAGGUGCCCAUCCUGGAACAGUCGCCUCAUUGUCUGCAGCCCUGGACCUCCGUGGCUUCCCCCGCUCGCCCACGGCGCUGGCCUCGUGGG